AUGCCUCCCAGGCCGGCAGGGCGGGUCUUCCAGUACCUCUCCCCGUCCCGCAGGCCACGGCCGUCUCCGCUGCCGGAAAUCCCCGCCGGCGGCGACGCCCUGGCGUCCGACGCCGACGCCGACUCCGUGUACCGCAUCGUCACGGCCGCGCCCACGCCGUCGGCCAUGGAGUCCGCGCUCGCCGCCUCCGCCGUCCCGCUCUCGGCGCCGCUCCUCGACCUCGUCCUCCGCCGCUUCCGCUUCGCGCACGGGGACCCGCUCCGCGCGCUCUCGCUCCUCUCGCUCGCCGCCGACCGCUGCGGGGUCACGCCCUCCCCGUUCGCGCUCGACACGGCGCUCUACGUGCUGGGCCGCGCCCGCCGCUUCGCCCACAUGUGGGACCUCCUCCACUCCUGCCGCCGCCUCUGCCCCGACGCCGUCACCCCGCGCACCGCCAUGGUCGUCCUCGGCCGCGUCGCCAAGAUCUGCUCCGUCCGCGAGACCGUCUCCUCCUUCCGCCGCCUCCUGCGCCUCUUCCGCGGCCGCGAGGGGGGCGCGGAGUCGGCCGACCUCUUCAACGCGCUGCUCCGCACGCUCUGCCAGGAGAAGAGCAUGUCCGACGCGCGCAACGUCUACCACGCGCACAAGUACGAGUUCCAGGUCAACCGCCAGACCUUCAACAUCCUGCUCUCCGGCUGGAAGUCGUCCGAGGACGCCGAGGCGUUCUUCGCCGAGAUGCGGGAGCUCGGGAUCAGCCCUGACCUGGUCACAUACAACUCUCUGAUUGAUUGCCACUGCAAGAACAGGGGCGUGGAGAAGGCCUACAACCUGCUCGAUGAAAUGCGUGCGAGUGAAAUCGCUCCCGAUGUGAUCACGUAUACAAGCUUGAUUGGCGGGCUGGGACUGGUUGGCCAGCCUGACAAGGCGAGGGACCUGCUGAAGGAGAUGCGCGAGCUCGGAUGCCACCCGGAUGUCGCGGCGUACAAUGCCACGAUACGGAACUUUGUUAUAGCCAAGAGGCUCGGUGAUGCUUUUGCGUUGAUGGAUGAGAUGGCUUCAAAGGGGCUGAUGCCGAACGCCACCACAUAUAACCUUUUCUUCCGGUGCUAUUACUGGGCGUUUGACAUUGGUAGCUCAUGGCUUUUGUAUGAGCGGAUGCGGUCCGAAAGAUGCUUCCCAAACACGCAGUCUUGCAUGUUUAUCAUCAGGUUAUGUCAUCGCCAUGGUAAGGUGGCGGAAGCACUAGAGCUGUGGGGCGAUAUGGUGAAGAACGGGUUUGGGUCAUUCACCUUGGUGUCAGAUGUGCUGUUUGACCUGUUAUGUGAUGAGGGAAAGCUGGAGGAAGCUGAGAGGUGCUUUCAUCAACUGACUGAUUUGGGGCAGAAACCCAGCAGUGUUUCAUUUAGAAGGAUCAAGAUACUCAUGCAGCUGGCCAAGCGGGAAGAAGCUGUUGCCAGGUUAACUGAGAAAAUGGCACAGUUUGUACGGCUGCCAGCUGAGGAUUGCCAAAGGGUUCAUCACACUACUGAAAGCACACCUCACAAUGGUGGUGGAGUUCAAGCUGAUAUAAUAACAGCAACUUAGCAUCUUAUGCAGGGAAAUAAAUGGAUGGAUCUGAAGAAUUCAUUGUACUAUUAUGGCGUAGCGGUGUGGAAAAUCUGUCUUAUCAUUGACGGACAAUACCAUCAUAUUGCUAGAUUAAUUGUCAGUACUGAUACAUUAUUUUCCUGAAAAUCAUUAUUCAAAGGCCUUUAGCUUGACCAUAUGGUAUGAUACAGUUCUUCAAUCACUCUGAUGCAUAUGAAACUGUAACUACAUGUGGUAUUCCAACACCAUGAAACCCUAUAGCUCCAUUGUAUAAACUGUAAAACUAACUCAUGCCAAAGCUCUGCGUUUGUCAGAAAAUAUGCAUACAUUUGAUUUCUUUUUGGCGUGCGGGUU